CUCUGCUUGUAGUGGUGGCUUACAAGCCAAAACAUUUUCAAGUUUUUUCAUCAAAAGUUCAGAAAUUAGAGUCUCAUUACGAAUUUGUUGUGCGAUUGCUAAAUGUGUAAGGCGCGUUAAAAUUUUUAUCGAAAUUGGGCCAAAGGAAACCGUCAUAUUAUUUAGAAACUUGUGGCGUAGUCAGCAGCAGCGACUACAUAAACUCGGCAAACAAUCGGUGCUUCUGAGUGGAACAAAAUCAAGGCAACAGCAGCCAGAACUUAACAGCACCAGAAGCGGCAGUGACCCGGCAGCGACAGCGGCAGAAGUUUGUAGUCACAUCAUGAGUGGUCGCUAUCGUGGCGGUGGGGGUGGUGGUCGUUAUGGCGGUGGCGGAGGUGGAGGUUAUGGCGGCGGUUACAAUGACUUUGAUAAUUAUCGGGGCGGCGGAGGCGGAGGCGGUUAUAAUGAUAAUUUCGGACCCGGUCCGAAUCCUUUCAACAUGGGUCCCAACAUAUCGGGCAACGAUCUAAUGCAUCUGAUGAGCGCCAUGGCCAACAAUUUCAGCAUGAACUCACAACCGCAACAGCCGAUGCGUCAGAGCUGUGGAGAACUGCGUAAUCAUCACUGCGGUUUGUUUGUGGAACUGUCGGGUCGUUUGAUUAAGAAGCGCGUAAAUCGUUUUGCCGAGCUACGGGAUCGUAAUGGCGGGGCCUGUCAGCUGGUUGUGUUGGAGGACAAGCAUCCUCGGGUCGCUCGACGCAUGAACAACAUGCCCGAAAACACAACACUGACAAUUGUCGGUCAGGUGAUGAGAAGACCACAAAAUUCAUGCAACCAGACAAUGCCCACCGGUGAAAUCGAGGUGGAAGUUCAGCACAUUCUCAGCAUACAUUUCCCCGUCAGCGGCACAAAACGUGCCGGCGAUAAGCGUACCUAUAGCACCAUGGUCCAGCAACAGAGCAGACUGGGCAUCACCAGCACUGAAUACAAGAUUGCUAAAAACGAGAAUAUCUUGAAAUACUUUGAGAAUCGUGAUCUCACUUGCAACGAUUUACGACGUGAUGAUGUUGGCAAAAUAGUCACCAUGGUGGGUUGGAUUCCAUCCACCAAGACAAGCAAGUUCUUGCAGCUUAAGGAUGGUUACGGUCAGACGCAGCUGAUGAUCGAAGAUCAAUCUCUAAUGGAUACUUUCCUUUCGACGCCGGAGCAAACGGUGCUUCAAAUUGUUGGCAAGGUGUUGGGCAGGCCCAAGGCAAACAUUAAUUUGAAAUACGACACUGGGGAGGUAGAAGUUAGUGUGACCAGUGUAAAGGUUCUAAAUCCGGAUGACGCAUACGAGGGGCCCAUCAAACUGAAGAAGAAACUUCAGAAAAUGUCGAUUGAUGAUCUCGAGGCAGAUGAGGCGGCAAAUGGUGCCUCCACCAAAGCUUCAAGCGGCGGUGACAACGGCGAUGGCAACGCGGACAACAGUGAAGUGGUUGCAACACGCGCUGCUCCGGGUAAUUCCGAGCAGCUUAUCAAGGUGGCGGAUACCAAUAAAUUUGCAGAUCGUACACAUACUUGUGGCGAACUGACAACCAAUGAGAUCAACGAGAAUGUCGUCAUCUGCGGUUGGUUGGAAUUCCAGCGCAUGAAUAAAUUCUUUAUAUUGCGCGAUGCCUAUGGACAGACCCAAGUGCUGAUAUUACCCAAGACAAAGGGUCUGGAGGAGUAUGUCGAUACGGGUGUGCCCAUUGAAUCGAUUGUGCGUGUCGAGGGCACCGUCAUACCACGACCAGCUGCAACAAUUAACCCAAAGAUGACAACUGGACACGUUGAGAUCGAGGCCGACAAGGUGGAAAUACUGAAUGCGGCCAAAAAGAAUUUGCCCUUUGAGAUACGUAAACACAAUAAGGCAGGCGAAAGAUUAAGACUAACCCAUCGUUAUUUGGACCUGCGUUUCAAUGAUAUGCAGCACAAUUUACGGCUACGUUCGAGUGUAAUUAUGCGCAUGCGCGAGUAUUUAAUUAAUUAUUUGGGCUUUGUGGAGGUGGAGACGCCCACAUUGUUCCGUCGUACGCCCGGAGGCGCACAGGAGUUUGUUGUACCCACUCGCAAGGCGGGACAUUUCUAUUCACUUGUUCAGAGUCCACAGCAGUUUAAACAGAUGCUGAUGUCGGGCAGCAUUGAUCGAUACUUUCAAGUGGCACGUUGCUAUCGUGAUGAAGCCACACGACCGGAUCGCCAGCCAGAGUUUACACAAUUGGAUGUUGAGUUAUCGUUCACCAGCCGUGAUGACAUAAUGCAACUGAUCGAGGAGACACUACGCUAUUCGUGGCCCAAGCAUUUGUCCAAGCUACAGACUCCCUUCCGUCGCAUCACCUAUGAGGAGGCAAUGGAAAAGUACGGCACCGAUAAGCCGGACACUCGCUUUGGAUUCCUUUUAAACAACGUCUCCGACAUAAUCGAAAAGAGUGAGAACUUCAAAGGCAAAUACGAGGACUUUGGUGCCUAUGCGAUUGUGGUGCGUGCCAGCGAAGCAUUCUGGAACGGUGCAGCUCGAAAGCAUUACGAGAGUCUGAGCAAGGUUUUCUCGGGCACGCUAUUCGUGCGAAAGUUCAAUUUAGCCAAGGAUGUGCAGGAGAGACUCACCAAGCUGCUGGGCACAGAUGUGGCCAAUGAAGUUAUUGAGAAAUUUGAUCUGGAAGAGAACGAUUUGCUAUUCCUGUGCAUCGGACCCAAAGUGGAGACGCGCAAUCUGCUUGGACGCAUUCGUCUUGACUAUCACGAUUUUCUCGUGGAGAAUGUCAAGGCAAAGAAAUGCUACGAUUUUCGUUUCCUCUGGGUGAUUGAUUUUCCGCUGUUUGAGCGCAACAGUGUCACCAAGCAGCUGGAGAGCGUACAUCAUCCGUUCACAGCACCUCUAGUCGAUGAUUUGGAUAAGUUUGCCACCAGCUGUGAAAAUUUGGAAACCAUACGAUCGGAAGCCUACGAUCUAGUGCUCAAUGGUCAGGAGGUGGGCGGUGGUUCAAUGCGUAUACACGAUCGCGAUAUGCAGCAAUUCAUUUUGGAGCAAGUACUGAAGAUUCCCCACGAUCAUCUGUCGCAUUUAUUGAGUGCCCUGGAGUCUGGUUGCCCGCCACAUGGGGGCAUUGCAUUGGGCCUGGAUCGUCUCAUUGCUAUAUUGUGUCGUGCGCGCUCCAUACGUGAUGUGAUUGCAUUCCCCAAGUCACUGAAUGGACGGGAUCCGCUUUCGAAUGCACCGGUUCCCAUUUCAGAAGAGGAAAUGAAAAUGUAUCACCUUGCUAUUCAGGAGCCUGCAGAAGAAGAAGAGGAUAGUAAAAGCACAAAUAACACAGCACACGAUCAGGAAGACGAUGAUCCAGAUGCUGUACGCGCUCCACCAUCACCCAUGUCGGGUACUAGUGAGACAGAGAACCGUGAAAUGGAUGUUGAUGUCAAAUCAGAGCCCUUAGAAGAGCCGGAGACAGUAGCGGAGCCAGCAGUAGAGGCACCAGUGGAGCCAAUGAAGUCCGAUGAAAAAGUCGAGGAGACACCAACGCCAGUUGAAGAUAGUUCAUCAAUCGACACAACAACGGAACCAUCUAAAGGCAUAAAAUCCCCAGCAAAGGCAGCGAUCCCAGCGACACCUGUGACACGUGCCAAACGUGCUGUCAAGAAGAAAGUGUAGAGCCCACUACGAUGUAGCAUGAGUAACCACAAAAACAACAUCAACAUCAGCGGCGAUUAAGAUACGACUUAGCAUUUUAAACAUAAGCUCAAAACACCAACAACAUCAAACACAACAUGUACGUAACGGCGAUCCAGGAACCUCUCAGAAAGCCAAAAGCAAUACCAACAAAAA